AUGAGAAGAAUGAUGAUAUUGGGACUCUGCUUCCUACUGUUCUCCCCAUUUCCACUUGCUUUCUCAGAGCGGUGCCACCCACAAGACAAGAAAGCACUGCUCCAACUCAAGAACGAUCUCAACAACCCUUACAUCCUUGCCUCCUGGAACCCAAAAGAGGAUUGCUGCGACUGGUACUGCGUCAGGUGUGACGAAAAAACCAACCGGAUUUACGACCUCGACAUAUCUUCCUCUGUUCCAGACCCUGAUGUGUCCGGCCAGAUACCACCCUCUGUCGGUGACCUCCCUUACCUGGACCUCUCCGGCUCCAUUCCGAGCUCGCUUUACCAACUACCGAAACUCUCCUCUCUGCAGUUGGACCGCAACGAGCUCACGGGCUCAUUCGGAUCCUUCAACAAGCCCGGGCCUUAUCUGAUCCUGUCUCACAACCAGCUUUCGGGCUCCAUUCCGGAUUCCUUGGGCAACUUAGACCCGGAAAGGAUAGACUUUUCAAGGAACAAGCUGGAAGGUGAUGCUUCGAUGCUUUUCGGGAGCAAGAAAAGGACGCAGACACUUGACCUUUCAAGGAACGCGUUGGAGUUUGAUCUAUCGCAUCUGACGUUUCCCAAGAAGAGCUUGAUAUGGUUGGAUCUCAAUCACAACAAGAUCUAUGGGAGUAUUCCUGUGGCGCUUACGACAGUUGAAAAUCUGCAGCAAUUCAACGUGAGCUAUAAUCGACUGUGUGGUGAGAUACCUCAGGGUGGGCGAUUGCAGAGGUUUGAUGAGUAUUCUUAUCUUCACAACAAGUGUUUAUGUGGGUCUCCUCUUCCCCCAUGCAACUUCAAGGCUGAUAUCUAA